UACAUGUAUCAUUUGGAGUAUAUAUACACCUUCCAGUCACUCUAACUAACCGCUGCAUCACUCUUUCUUCAAAUUAUUUUUCAUAUAAACUCUGCAUUUAGUUUCAUGAUUCUGCAACACACUUCAUUUCAUUGAUCUUGAACGGUGUUUCAACAUGGGAGGUAUCAGUCUUGAAGAAAUCAAGAACGAGAACGUUGAUCUGGAACGGAUUCCGGUGGAGGAAGUGUUUGAGCAGCUGAAAUGUUCGAAAGAAGGUUUAUCGUCCGACGAAGGAGCGAAUCGGCUUCAAGUUUUUGGUCCGAACAAAUUGGAAGAGAAAAAGGAGAGCAAGUUUUUGAAGUUUUUAGGGUUUAUGUGGAAUCCUUUGUCAUGGGUUAUGGAAGCUGCUGCUAUUAUGGCGAUUGCUUUGGCUAAUGGAAGUGGAAGACCUCCGGAUUGGCAAGAUUUUGUUGGGAUUAUUUCUCUGUUGGUUAUUAAUUCAACUAUCAGUUUUAUUGAAGAGAAUAAUGCUGGUAAUGCUGCUGCUGCUCUCAUGGCUGGUUUGGCCCCCAAAACAAGGGUUCUCAGAGAUGGUCGCUGGUCUGAAGAAGAUGCUGCAAUUUUAGUCCCUGGUGACAUAAUCAGCAUUAAAUUAGGAGAUAUCAUUCCUGCGGAUGCUCGUCUUCUUGAGGGUGAUGCUUUGAGUGUUGAUCAGUCGGCUUUAACUGGAGAAUCUCUUCCGGCUACGAAGAAUCCCUCGGAUGAAGUCUUUUCUGGAUCAACUGUUAAGAAAGGUGAGAUUGAAGCAGUUGUUAUUGCUACCGGAGUGCAUACAUUUUUCGGUAAAGCUGCUCACCUUGUUGACAACACCAAUCAAGUUGGUCACUUUCAGAAAGUCCUCACAGCAAUUGGUAAUUUCUGCAUUUGCUCAAUUGCUGUUGGAAUACUGAUUGAGCUCGUUGUCAUGUAUCCGAUUCAACACCGCAAGUAUAGAGAUGGAAUUGACAAUCUUUUGGUUCUAUUGAUCGGUGGAAUUCCAAUUGCCAUGCCUACUGUUUUGUCUGUUACUAUGGCUAUUGGUUCUCACAGGCUUUCUCAACAAGGUGCAAUUACAAAGAGAAUGACAGCUAUUGAGGAAAUGGCAGGAAUGGAUGUUCUCUGCAGUGACAAAACUGGGACUCUGACCUUAAAUAAGCUGUCUGUUGAUAAAAACUUGAUUGAGGUUUUUGCUAAGAAUGUAGAGAAGGAUUAUGUUAUCCUUCUUGCAGCAAGGGCUUCUAGGACUGAGAAUCAGGAUGCAAUAGAUGCUGCAAUUGUUGGUAUGCUUGCUGAUCCAAAGGAGGCACGAGCUGGUGUCAGGGAGAUUCAUUUUUUCCCAUUCAACCCAGUAGACAAGAGAACUGCUUUAACCUACAUUGACUCUGAUGGAAAUUGGCAUCGGUCAAGCAAAGGUGCUCCUGAGCAGAUUUUGAACCUCUGCAACUGCAAAGAGGAUGUCAGGAAGAAAGCUCAUUCCGUAAUUGACAAGUUCGCGGAGCGUGGACUCCGUUCUUUGGGUGUUGCUAGACAGGAAGUACCUGAGAAAAAUAAAGAUAGCCCUGGUGCACCAUGGCAAUUUGUUGGUCUUUUACCAUUAUUUGAUCCUCCUAGGCAUGAUAGUGCUGAAACCAUCACAAGAGCUCUGAACCUUGGUGUGAACGUUAAGAUGAUUACUGGUGAUCAGCUUGCCAUUGCCAAGGAAACUGGCCGGAGGCUUGGGAUGGGAACAAACAUGUAUCCAUCUUCGUCAUUACUCGGUCAAAGCAAGGAUGCUGCUGUUGCAGCUCUUCCAGUUGAUGAGUUGAUUGAGAAGGCUGAUGGAUUUGCUGGAGUAUUUCCUGGUAGGUCCUUCAUUGUGAUGAUGAUGAUAACAUCAUCAAUCACAUUGUUUUCAAUUAUUUCAAACAUCGUAGAACUCCUUCUUCUGUUAACUAUACAAUUACAUUUUGAAAACAUGCUAAUUGUUUUUAUCCCCUCCUGUGACAUGGCAGAACACAAAUAUGAAAUCGUAAAAAGGCUGCAAGAGAGGAAACAUAUAUGUGGAAUGACAGGUGAUGGUGUCAACGAUGCUCCUGCGUUAAAGAGAGCAGAUAUCGGAAUCGCUGUUGCUGACGCUACAGAUGCUGCUAGAGGUGCUUCUGAUAUUGUCCUUACUGAACCUGGUCUGAGUGUAAUUAUAAGUGCAGUGCUCACGAGCAGGGCAAUUUUUCAAAGGAUGAAGAACUAUACUAUCUAUGCUGUGUCAAUCACCAUUCGUAUUGUGUUUGGUUUCAUGUUCAUUGCGUUGAUCUGGAAGUUUGAUUUUGCACCCUUCAUGGUGUUGAUUAUCGCCAUACUAAAUGAUGGUACCAUUAUGACAAUAUCCAAGGAUAGAGUGAAACCAUCUCCACUUCCAGACAGUUGGAAAUUGAAAGAGAUAUUUGCUACUGGUGUUGUGCUAGGUAGCUACAUGGCACUAAUGACAGUAGUAUUUUUCUGGCUCAUGAAGGAUACCGACUUCUUCUCGGACAAGUUCGGUGUGAGGUCUAUCAGAAACAACCCUGAAGAAAUGAUGGCGGCCCUCUACCUACAAGUCAGUAUUAUAAGCCAGGCUCUAAUUUUUGUCACCAGGUCCCGUAGCUGGUCCUUUUUGGAAAGACCUGGUCUUCUCCUAUUGGGUGCUUUUAUGAUUGCUCAGCUGGUGGCAACUUUUAUAGCAGUAUAUGCCAAUUGGGGCUUUGCGAGAAUUCAGGGAAUGGGAUGGGGUUGGGCUGGUGUAAUCUGGGUGUACAGUCUAGUGACAUAUUUCCCUCUUGAUAUACUCAAAUUCAUAAUCCGCUAUGUUCUAAGUGGCAAAGCUUGGGAUAAUCUUUUGGAGAACAAGACUGCUUUCACAACAAAGAAAGACUACGGCAAAGAAGAGAGAGAAGCACAGUGGGCAACUGCUCAGAGGACUCUCCAUGGUCUUCAGUCACCUGAAACAACCAACCUUUUCAAUGACAAGAAUAGCUACAGGGAGCUUUCUGAGAUUGCUGAGCAAGCCAAGAGACGCGCUGAGGUUGCACGGCUUAGGGAGCUUCAUACUCUUAAGGGUCACGUUGAAUCAGUCGUGAAGCUUAAGGGACUUGACAUUGACACUAUGCAACAACAUUAUACUGUUUAAGGAGCUUGGGCAACCUUCAAGAAGAACAGGGUUAUGUGAUGUUCAAGAAGCAAAAACAAGAAAUACAGUGGUGAAGACUAAAGUUAAUCUUCUGUCUUUAGAUUAGGUUGAAGGGUCCUUUUGUGAAAGUUUGAAUGGUUACUCCUAUAUGCCAGUAGCUAGAGGAGAUACUAUUCUCUUAGGUACCAAAUAACAUGGUUGAUAGGAUUUACUUUGCGUCUUAGUUUUGGAAAUGUUAGUGACGUUAAGGUCACAUAAAGCUCUAUAUUUUUUAGCUGAACAAAACUCAAAAGUUCGACCUUGAGUAAUGUUGUUCAAUAAUGAAUGAAUGCAAUCUUUUGGUCUCUUUUA